UCCUCCCCUGACUUCUGACGAAUGCCGACAGGGCACGCGCGGGCACGUCGCAUCAUUCUCCGCUCUCCUAUCCUACAAGUAUCUCAAUCGGCCUUGAGUAGCGAGACACCUACGUAACUUUGUCUCUUCUACCGCAAUCUCACCAUGGUACUGUUCAAACUCUCGCUCGCCGCUCUUUCGACGUUCGCCGUCUACAGCCUCGCGAGGAUUGUACGCUGGUUACUCAGACCUCUGUCGUCUCCCCUUCGGAAUUUACCCGGCCCACCAGGUUCAAGUCUGAUUUAUGGGAACCUAUCGGAGAUUCGAAAGGCGGAUACGUCAGAGAUACACGAAAAGUGGGCGAAGGAGUAUGGGAAGGUCAUGAAGUACAAGGCGUUCUUCGGGGAGGACCGGCUGUUUACAAUGGAUAUGCGUGCAAUCAACCACAUCCUGACUCAUUCGGUGGAUUAUCAGAAGCCUCCUCAGGCGCGAUACAAUUUAGCACGUUUACUGGGUGAUGGUAUUCUGGUUACCGAGGCCGACAAGCAUCGGCAGCAGCGACGAAUAAUGAACCCUUCUUUCGGUCCUUCUUCAAUAAAAAACCUGACACCAAUAUACUUCAAGAAGGCGCUUCAACUCCGGGAUAUUUGGAAAAACGAGAUCUUGUCUCAAGGCAUCGAUCAGAACUCCAAGACAAAUGCUGGCAAGGAGAUCGAAGUGUUAUCGUGGCUAAGCAGAACUACUUUGGAUGUCAUCGGUCUUGCAGGGUUUGACUAUCGCUUUGACGCACUUAACGUCCAUAAAGAACCGACAGAACUCAACAAAGCUUUCGCAGCUCUUUUCCAUGCUGACGGCGCUUUCCGCAUCCUCAAUCUGCUACAAGGCUAUUUCCCCAUUUUCCGUCUCAUCAGAACAAAGAGAGUAAAAGAGGAACAGUGGGCACAAAAGACGAUGCGACAGAUUGGCAAAGAUUUAUUGCGCGAGAGGAAGGCAGGCUUGGACAAUAAUGCGGAUGAAGAAAAGGAGCAGGGUCAGGGGAGAGGUGCAGACUUGUUGAGUGCCCUUGUACGAGCGAAUCUGGAUACAGAGCUCCCUGAGUCGCAGAGGAUGACGGAUGAGGAUGUCGUUGCGCAGGUUCCGACGUUCUUGGUUGCAGGACAUGAGACCACGAGUACAGAAACAAUGUGGGCUCUCUUCGCACUGGCUCAACGUCCCGACAUCCAGUCCCGUCUCCGAGCCGAACUCCGCGGUAUCCCAACUGAUACGCCCUCAUACGAUGAUCUCGGUGCUGAACGACUUCCAUUCCUUGAUGCUGUCGUGCGCGAGACGUUACGCCUACAUGCUGCAGUACCUAGUACAAUUCGAGUUGCCAUGAAAGACGACGUCAUCCCUGUCGCAGAGCCAUAUCUGGACAAAAAUGGGAAAUUGUGCGACGGUAUCAAAAUUCGGAAGGGUGAAGGUGUUUUCAUACCGAUCCUGGCCAUUAAUCGGUUUAAGGAGAUUUGGGGUGAAGAUGCUUGGGAGUUCAAUCCAGACCGAUGGGCGAACGAACCAUCAGCGGCUCGUGAAAUCCCUGGUGUAUGGGGUGACCUUAUGUCCUUCCUCGGCGGUGCGCGAAGCUGCAUAGGUUAUCGCUUCGCUUUAUACGAAAUGAAAGCACUCCUCUUCACUCUCCUCCGUUCAUUUGAGUUUGAACUUGCGAUACCUGCGGAGAAGAUUACGAAACGCUCGUUAGUCGUUACCAGACCUUAUAUACGUGGGGAAGAGAAGACGGGUGCUCGUAUGCCGUUGAUUGUGAGACUCUGCGAGGCAUGAAGUGCAAAGUGAACAUCUACGUCCUUAUUGUUUGAAAACCAUAGCCAAAUAUAUUUGUUCAAUCUGCUUUGUCUUCUGUUGAUUCGCAUAUUAUACGGGUCACGUAUACAUAUACAAUACAUGAAAUUU